AUGAAGGUCGUCUUAGUCGUCGGUGCUACCGGGCAACAGGGUUAUGCGGUCAUCCAUGCGUUGGCCGAGUCCAACGAGUAUCUAUGCUUGGCCUUAACGCGAAACCCCAAUUCGCCCAAAGCGCAACAACUGACGUCCUUCAGAAAUGUCAAACUCGUUUCUGCUGAUCUAAACGAUAUUCAACAACUCAGAAGUAUAUUCAAGAACGCCAGGUCUUCAACUACGGGUGAGAUUUGGGGGGUGUUUGUGGCGCUAGCUUUUCCUGGACUUGGCGUGAGUGCGGAUGGAGAACAAAAACAAGGCAAAGUGGGAGUUUCAGGUCCAGUCGUACAUCUACUCAUCUGUUAUACCCCCCUUAUGGAUAAUAACCCGCCUCCACCUGGACUGGACCGCCACUGUAAAAUGGUCCUCGAGAAACACAUAUCCAAUUUGAACUUUCCCUGGACAGGUCUCAGAAUUAUUCGCCCCGGAGCUUUCAUGGAAAACUUAAAUCCAGGAAUCAUUGGUCGAAUGACCAUGCAACAUUUCAGCAUUGCCUUCCGGUCGAAUCUGGCUACACGCUUGCAGGCCGUAGACGAUAUUGGUCGGCUUGCUCGAGUCGUGUUCGACAACCCAACAAAGUUUGAACAUAAAACUAUCGAUAUUGCUGGAGACAGUCUUACCCCAAAAGAGCUUAACCAAGCUUUUAUUCGAGCUACGGGACACGAAAUGCCAAGUAUACCAUGGAUCCUGAUAUCCACUAUGCGUCGGAUAAGUCCUGCUGUUCAUGAUAUAAUCGAGGAGUUCAUUCAAGCUGAUAGGAUGAGGAGAAUGGAUCCUAGAGGAUUUGACGCAAAUCUACAGGAAGCCGCGAGCUACUUGAAGCUUACUAGUUUUGAGGAAUGGGCUCGAAAUUGGAAUGAUCCUCCUGAUAAGGGCGCCAAACAGCACGGAAUAACUUUGUGGGGGCUAUUCAUGGGUAAUACUACGUAUACUUAA